AUGGAAUUUACGAGGACGACAUUUCCAGUUUCCAGAUCAUCGACUGGCGCCGUGAACGUGUACAGACCGGAAGACGUGGACAGUCUGCUGAGAUCACAAUCACGUGACCAGAAGAAAGUUUUGGUCUUCCAUUGUGAAUUCUCUUCAGAACGAGCGCCUAAACUACUGCGUUACCUGAGAAACGCCGAUCGUCAACUGAACAGCGACCAGUACCCCAAGCUGUUCUUCCCUGAGAUCUACCUUCUCAGUGGCGGAUACAAGACUUUCUUCACCCAGUGUCAGAACUACUGCACGCCCGUGGACUACGUGCCAAUGCUCGACAAGACACACGCUGAUGAUCUACGUCACUUCCAGUCCCGCUCCAAGUCUUGGACAGCAGGACAGAACAGAUGACAAAGUGACCAGCUGCAGACGUUGUGUACGUCGUUGUCGUUUGAAUGAAGUGCAACAACUUCAUUAUACUACAUCGACGUCAUCGUGAAGUGUAGAGACGUCAUUUUGUCAUGGUGUGUCUCAUUUUGUCAUGUUACCGACUUUAACUGUUACGUGCAUGUUUUGCAUAUGUACUGUGAAAAUCUUGGCGUGUAUUUUUUUUUUUUUUUUACAUUUACGGUGUGCAAAUAAUGUUAUAUGGCGUUAUUAUGUACAAAUAAUCUUAUGAUGUCAGCGGAUGUUAUCUGACGUUGUGUACAAAUAACUUAUGUCAACGUAUAUUAUGUGACGAAGUUGUGUACAAAUAAUGUUAUGUCGGCGUAUGUUAUCUGACAAAAAUAUCUAUGUGCAAAUAAUGUUAUGCCAGAGGAUGUUAUCUGAAUGUAAUUAUGAGUUUUAGA